AUGUUUCCUACAGGAGCAGCUACACAGAAGGAGCUGAAGGUGAUUCAGCCCGUGAAAUCAAUUUCUGUCUCUGCUGGAGAUGCAGUGACUCUGAACUGUACUGUGACCACCCUGCUCCCUGUGGGACCCAUUCAGUGGUUCAGGGGUACAGGGCAGAGUCAGCACCUAAUAUAUAGUUUCACAGGAGAGAAGUUCCCCAGAGUCACAAAUGUUACAGAUGCUACAAAGAGAACCAACCUGGACUUUUCCAUCCGCAUCAAUAAUGUCACACCUGCUGAUGCUGGUGCCUACUACUGUGUGAAGUUCCAGAAAGCAGAAACUUACAAAGAGCUUCAGUCUGGGGGAGGCACAAUGCUGUAUGUACUUGGUAAGUACUGCGUCAUCCACCUCAUCCCUGAUAUCUCCAACAGGUCAAAACAGGGUCCAAGAUUAUGUGAGCAACAAGGAAGAACUGAGAAUACACUGAAGGUUCUGGGCAAUGUAGACUUAAGUCCUGGAGGUGGUCUCCACAUAGAUGACCUCAAUUCACCAGUUGGUGGCAUCACAAUCACAUCCUUGUCUACAUGCUCCUUUGUGGCUAAACCGUCUCCUCCUGUGGUGUCGGGCCCUGCAGGCAGAGUUAGUUCUGGGCAGACAGUGAGCUUCACAUGCAAGUCCCAUGGCUUCUCUCCUCGGACCAUCACACUUAAGUGGUUCAAAGAUGGAAAUGAGCUCUCUCACUUCCGAAAAACAGUGGACCCCAAACGAGAAAGCGUCUCCUACAAUCUCUCCAGCACAGCCCAGGUGGUGCUGAGCCCUCAGGAUGUCCACUCUCAAGUCAUCUGUGAGGUGGCCCAUGUCACCUUGCAAGGAGGCCCUCUCCGUGGGACUGCCAACUUGUCUGACACCAUCCGAGUUUCACCCACUAUGGAGAUCAGCCAGCGGCCACCAAUGGUAUGGAAUCUGAUAGGUGUCACCUGCCAGGUGAAUAAGUUCUACCCUUCGAGCCUUCACUUGACCUGGUUAGAGAAUGGAAAAGUAUCCCGGAUAGAAGAGCCUUCUAUGUUCACAGUAAACAAGGAUGGAAGCUACAGCUGGACCAGCUGGCGCUUGGUGAAUGUAUCUGCCUAUGAGGAGGACGUGUUACUCAACUGCCAAGUUGAGCAUGAUAGAUAG